AUAAUAAUAUAGGUAGGUAUGUAAGCACCUUUAAUCUGAAAUUGUAACAACAAGAAUGUCUUUCCUGAAUUUCUUAAAGAAAUUAAUAAUAAAGACUGUAUAAGAAGAAAAAGAAGAAAAGGAAAUAUUUCAAUAAUGUUUCAAGUUUAACAUUGUAACUGACGAUAGCAAUGGAUAAAUUAACUUUAAUCUCUGGUACAUUAUUUUUGGCAGCUGAUAUGUUUGCAAUAGUGAGUCUUGCCAUGCCUGAUUGGAUUAUAACCGAUGUUGGGGGCGAUACAAGACUGGGAUUAAUGUGGUCAUGUAUGACUCUUUACAAUAGACCACAAGUGUGUUAUACACCAGAUUUACAGCCUGAAUGGUUAAUGGCUUUAGUUUGCAUAUUUGUUGGUUGUAUUUUGAUAACUACAACUGUAAUACUUUUAGCAAGUUCCCAUUGGGAUAGAAAUGUUAUUCCAUACGCACGCUGGGUUGGAUUUACUGCAAUGGUUUUAUUUUGUUUCGCUGCUGUAAUAUUUCCUAUGGGCUUCCAUAUAGACCAAAUUGGUGGUCAGCCAUAUCAAUUGCCAAACUCUCAUCAGGUUGGAAUUUCAUAUAUAUUGUUUGUUUUAGCUUUAUGGAUUACAGUCAUUUCAGAAUUAUUUGCUGGAAAAGUAUGUUUACCACACUUUUAGCUUUAUUUUUAACAAUCUUCCCAAUAAGUAUUAUGUAUAUAAAUAAGUAAUUU